GACUCGUGUCUGGUCUCUACCUGAAAGGAAUCCAACCGAUACAGGAUAAGGAUCCGAAGGAAAGUCAAAAUAUUCUCUGAAAAAGGAUAGAAUAUUUGCGCUCUCGGCGAAACAGCAUAGAGAGCUAUGCUUAAGUUUGUUUUAAUUUUGAUGUGUACUGCAAUUCCUAUGCAAGGACAAAUACAAAUACAUGAUUUAAAUAAAAACCCAAUAGCCAUAAUACCUCUAGGGAAAGCAAAAAUUAAAAAUGGAUACGUGAGAAUAAUACAACCCAUUAAUUUAUCACAACUACAUGACAUAAUUGUAAAAUUUGACGAAUUGAUAAAAAAUAAUGUAUACAAUAAUCAGCUUUACAAAUUAUUGGAAAAUAGAAACAAUCUGUUGUAUCAAACCUUUUUGAAAAUUAUACCAUCGUUCAGUCGAGUGAAACGUUGGGACACAAUUGGAACGAUUUUAAAAUGGAUUGCUGGAACACCUGAUGCCGAGGAUCUCCACAUCAUCAACAAAACCAUGAAUGCCCUAAUUGACAAUAACAAUCAGCAAACCUACAUCAAUGAAAAUAUCAACUACCGAAUUAAACAUCUAAAUCAAGCCGUCAACGAAUUAGUAGACUUGGAUUUCAAAUCAACACAACAACAUGCAAUUGAAAUCAACCUCCUCACAAUUUUGCUAAAUCUUAACGCCGCUCAACAUCAACUAGAAGUGCUAGAAGAUGCUAUUUUACUUGCAAAAAAUGGAAUCCCUAGUAGUCAACUCUUAACUAUGAAGGACUACUUAAGAAUUAAACAGUUCCUCGAACACCAAAAUAUCCACGUAAAAUCCUUUGAAGACUUAUUAAGUAAAUCAAGUACACAGGUCGCAAUGAAUAAUACACACGUUAUGUACAUGUUAAAAGUUCCACAGUUCUCAAGUGAAAUCUACAGUUAUGAGUAUGUUAGUCCACUCAUUUUAAAUGGAAGUCGAAUCCACAUCAAGUCGAACUAUCUUAUCAACAAUAAUUCACAUCUUCGAAUCCUCACAACCAUGCCAAGAGGACUCAGAAAAUUUUAUAUGUGAAUCCGAAAUGCUACAACCAACAACUCCUUGUAUUUUUAAUUUGGUCCAAUUACAUCAUGCAAAUUGCACAUACGAAAAGGUCUAUUCAACUGGAAUCAUCAAGCGAAUAAAUGACGCUACUAUCCUUUUAAACAACGUAAACACAACAUUACAAUCCAACUGUAGUAAAUUGAAUCAACGCUUAGAAGGAUCAUACUUAAUCCAUUUUGAAAAAUGUGAAGUAAGCAUUGAUAACGACAGCUAUACGAAUCUCAUCAUACAAACCCCAAAAUUAUCCUUCAGACCUACAACCGGAAUACUAGCCCAUGCCGAAAACCUAAUGGAUAUUCCACCACACGAAUAUUUGGCAAAUCUUACAUUAAAGCACAGAUCAGUGCUCAAGCACAUGUA